GACAGUUCCGUAGAUUGUUCCUACAUAGAAAGAGUCCCUCGACGUGAAAGAAGAAGUAGUCACGUACGAGAAUGUUCUGGAUGUCAUGGAAUAACCCAGAAAUGUCUGGUGACGUCUAGAACGUCAGAAAACUAUAUAAACAUUGUGUUUGACAUUUGAUAGUUCAGUUGUAUUUUGAGAUUUUGAGUAUUUAAAGUUGUCAGUUUGUUCAAGUUGUUAACAUAUUGUAAUAUUGUAUUGGAGUUUAAAUAAAGUAUUGUAAAGAACUUGUAACAUUGGUGACAGCGGUGGGAUAAGAAGACAUUAAGUAAUUUGUAUAUGGUCAAUACAAGAUCUACUAAAUUCGAGAAAGAAAUGGAUACAUCCGGACCACCAGAAUGGUUUUUAAAAAUGGAAGAGUUGAAAGAGAAACGUAGGCAAGCAGAGAAAGAAAAUGAAGAGAAACGUAGGCAAGCAGAGAAAGAAAAUGAAGAGAAACGUAGGCAAGAAGAGAAAGAAAAUGAAGAGAAACGUAGGCAAGCAGAGAAAGAAAAUGAAGAGAAACGUAGGCAAGAAGAGGAGGAGAGGCGUAGACAAGUAGAGGUAGAAAUAAUAAAUAGUUUGUCACAAAUUCAAGAAAGUUUUACAUUAGAGUAACGAAUGUCGAAUCUGAAACAGCCCCUUCAUCUUCACAUCCCCUAAAUCUUCUUGAAUCAGGCACAAUCAGAAAUAGCAAAAUUUUGAAACCAC